GACCUAUCUAGUACGACCAAAAAGCUGUAUAAACAUGUAUUUCAUUGACUAUCACACUGUAAUACAUGAAUUAAAAAGUAAAAUGUCAAAAAUGACCGGGAGGAGGGAAUGUCAUUAGAUUUUUGGUGAUAAAAAAUUAAAAUAUUUAUUUUUACAGCGUAGUAUUUUCUACGAAAAAUCCAAAUUUUAUGUACAAAAUGGAAACCAAAGUAGCUGUAGUAACUGGCGCCAAUAAAGGAAUUGGCUUGGAAAUUGUAAAAGGGUUAUGUCAAAAGUUCGAUGGGACUGUGUACCUCACAGCUAGAAACGAAGAAAGGGGUCAAGAAGCCGUAAAGAAGUUAGAAGAAUUGGAUCUUCAUCCAGUUUUCCACAUUUUAGAUGUUACUAGUGAAGAGAGUGUUCAAGCGUUUGCUACCCACAUUUCAACUCGUUAUUCGGGAAUAGAUGUUUUGGUCAACAAUGCCGGUAUCCUCGACUUUGAUAAAUCUGUUUCGUCAUACGAAGAUGCCAAAAAACUGAUUGAUACUAACUUUAUGAGCUUGUUGACGAUAUCAAAAACAUUGUACCCGUUGUUGAAGAAUAAUGCACGAAUUAUAAAUCUUAGUAGUGAUUGGGGCUUGCUGUCGAACAUAAGAAAACAGAUUUGGCUUGAUACGCUAAUCAAGGAUAAUCUUACUGUGGAUGAAAUUCUACAAUUUGUAAAUGAUUUCUUACAAGCAGCGAAAAAUGGCAAGAAUACUUUUAUUUCAUUCGCGGGACACUAUGGAGAUUACAAAGUUUCAAAAGUAGCAAUGUCGGCGUUGACAUUUGUACAGCAAAGACAGUUUAAUGAGCAAGGAAAAGAUAUAUCAAUAAAUUGUGUUCACCCCGGAUUUGUUAAGACUGAAAUGACAAAAGGAAUGGGUGAUUUUACUCCUGAAAGAGGAGCUCGUGCUCCACUUUACCUGGCAUUGGAGGCCCCCCAAUCGCUCAAAGGCACUUUUGUCUGGCACGACUGUCACCAAGUCAACUGGGACGACUAGGCAUGUAAUGGUAUUAAAAUUGUUGCUGUUACAACCAUGUUAAUCCUGUGAUACCAGUGUCACUUACACUUUAAACCAUAAUAUAUUAUUUCUUUUAGUUAUAAAGUUUUGUUAUUUAUCCUUUCUUCAGAUCAGUGAUGAGUUUUGUAAAGAUUUUGCAAAUUUUAAUAAAUAUUCUGUCUAUAAUA